GGACUGCCCAUAUCUGCUCCUGAGUUUGGGGGCAGGGGGGCAACCGCCCCAAGAAAUCUUUCCAGCGAUGGGAGCCACCCGCCUGCUGCCCAACCUCACUCUGUGCUUGCAGCUACUGAUUCUUUGCUGUCAAACUCAGUACGUGAGGGACCAGGGUGCCAUGACUGACCAGCUGAGCAGGCGGCAGAUCCGUGAGUACCAGCUCUACAGCCGGACCAGCGGCAAGCACGUGCAGGUCAACGGGCGUCGCAUCUCUGCCACUGCGGAGGACGGCAACAAGUUUGCCAAACUCAUAGUGGAGACGGACACGUUUGGAAGCCGUGUGCGCAUCAAGGGUGCUGAGAGCGAGAAAUACAUCUGUAUGAACAAGAGGGGAAAGCUCAUCGGAAAGGGAGCCUGA